GAAAAUAGCCAAGCUGUCAGAUGAUGACGCUUAAUCUGCAACUCAGUGGUAGGCUUGCGUCACCCCGGGAGCUGUCUAUGGAUUCUAAUCUUGGAUUUAGUCUGCUUAUUUGUUCUUAACGAAGUUUUAUUCAAGCACAUAAAUCAGUCUCCCACCCUUCUCUUGAUACCAACCAAAACCAGAUGGACCCUACGCUACUAACCGACCCCAAUUUGGUUAUCAAACUGGGAUUCGAACUACAAAAGAGGAUAGGAUUGUUGCCUGUCGUUGAAGUUCACGCUUUUCAUUUGGAGGCCCAGCCAGGGGAAAUUGUUCGCAUGUUACUCGUACAACCCCAGUCAUACUCUGAGAUUGCACGAGUCGUCAGAGCUGCCAGGACCAUGAAGCUGACUGUGCGUGGUUGCGGCCAUAGAACUGGUGGAGAUAGCGCCAUUUACGGGACUGCAUCUACAGUGCUGAUUGAUUGCACGGCUUUGGCGGAUAGCCCUCGCCUUGAGUUCGUUAAUAUUAAGCGGAAAGGAGAAGACGAGGAAACCAAGGGGCUCAGAGUUCUUGCAUGCGUCAGUAUUAACGAGCUAGUGCAGUUUCAAGUCAGCCAUUGUAUCGAGGUUGCUCAAAGCGUUGAGACUACAUCUGUGUGGGGCACCGUUGUCGGAGCCGUAACCUCUACCACUCCGGGAAUUGUUGGACCAGCUGGAGGAGCCCGUGGGGCUUGUCUCUCUGACGAAGUCAUCUGUAUUCGCAUUGUCGACUGCCACGGUGAUCUGAUCCAGUAUUCAAGUGACGAAGAAUUAGCAUGCGCCCUUUCCACCAUGGGCUUACUGGGGAUCGUCUACGAUAUUACCUUGCGAUACACUCCCAUCUCCCUUUCCAGAUUUGUUGUGGUCCAUACACAAGUGUGAACAAAUGCCCAUUCGCAACACUGCAGUACUGUAACUCGAACCAGGGACCUUUGGUAUGUCAAUUGGUAUCUCACGCUGAAUGAGUUAACUUCAGCUUCGUCAGAUGGUCCGAACUGCUCACUUUGGACAAUAAAAUUCUGAUUUCAUCGAUCAGAGACAAUCAGUUCACCGAACUAAUCUACCUUCCUUACAACAGCUGCGAUAUGGAAGAACAGGAUACAGUUGAAACCAAUUGUUGGAAAGCUAAAAAUGAUGAAGUUAUCAUGCGAACGGGCAGAAAACUUGUGCAACCACAGAGCUCGAGUGGUGAAACUCUGGUGGAACGUACUUCGGAGCCACGUCAAGUAGUCCACGUAAUAGAUCGAGUCUUCGGUCCAGAGAUGAAGGAGUUUGUGUCUAACGUUAUGAAAACGCCGUGGCUGCUUGGCCGAGCACAUCAUCAUUUGCGAUGUCGUUUCCAGCCGGAGCCGACAACCAUACAAUACACUCCGUGGGCGGUUAACUCGUUGGGGAAAAUGGUUGAUCCGCUGCGAAUACUAAGGUUCAGUUUUCAACUAAGCCCAGACCUAAAAGAAUUCCCAACGAUCAUGAACACAAUAUUCGAAUUAAUUGAGCGCCAGGCGAAUGGUGACACAAGGUAUAGAAAGAAUUACGCGCUGAAUCUUGGUAUCCGAGUCCAUUUUACUGGUGGCACCACAACCGGCCGCUUGCUUGGCGUGGGAUUCCAACCAGCAUCAGAAGGGUCAGCGAUUUUGGCUCAUCUCACUUUCACUGGUAUUACGGCCCCGGGACCUAGUGCAAUGUGGACAAGAGCGGCCAAUCACAUCACCACCGUACUGCUCAGGGAUAUCCCCCAAAGUAUACCACAAUGGAAAACUGAGUGGCACGGAAUCGAGAUGAUCAAAGCCAAGUUUCGUGAGGCUCUUGACAGACAGCUUGAACCAUUGAAUCGCCUCGCUGCUAUCGCCGAUCGUGACGGAGUAUUUUUAAAUGAAUUACUCGCAUCCAUUCUCUAUCCGGAGCCGACAUUUUAUCAGAAAUUAUAUGCAGCUCAAAGAAACGAUGUAUUAGCCCGAGUUGCUCAGGAUCUGGCCGCGUGUCUCGCAAAGCAUUGAGCGUAGUGCUUUCAAACGUUUCGUUCUGAACUUACCUUAUUAGCCUAGACUUUUCUUUCUUCUUAUGAACACCGCUGCUUUUUGGUCAAUGUACCCAUGCACAAGACUUCAGUUGACUUGCUUUUCAAAGAGCGACAGCGCCAUAUACUAAAUUAUUUAAUUAAAUAUAGAGUUUGUGUUG